CGAUCCGGAUGCGUCUUAGCCCCGUACGAACCCAAUUCUCUUCUUCUUUCCAUCCGGAUUGCUCCAUAAAAAGUUUCUGCCAAAGGAAAUAAAAGCAAAGAAAAAUAACGAGGCGGAAGGAAGGCCAACGAGGAACCCUACCCGCCUGAGGAAGGAACGCCCAAAUCGAUCCGCAACUAUUUCGCAGGCCGGCGACGAUGGCGGCAGUUCGGUGCGCGGCGAGGAGGCUCAGUGCGUCCCUGCUCCAACGAACGCAGGCGGCGGUCGCGGAGGGACGCCGGCACCUGCCAAGCAGGUUCACUGGGUCCCGCCAGCUCUCCAGCGAGUGUGAGCGCGAGAUUGAGGAGAAGAGGGUGGAGCUGCGUAACUUGGUAUCUAAAACGAUGCAGAAGAAAAUGGAGCUGCAGGAUGCGUUAGCAAAAGCGGGGAAAAAUCCUAAUGCUAUUGGUGAGUAUGAAAUGCAUGUACUCGAGCAUCUUUCUCAACAGAAAAUCUUUCCAGAACCACAUGACACCCCCUUAUACAGGAGCUGGAAGCAGUUUGCUACGAGGGCUAGGAGUGUGCUGGAUAUAGUUGUCAUGACGACAGGCUCCGUCAUGCUUACGGCUUGUCUGGUCAGUAUCAUCACAGACAAGGAGGUAAAAGCCCAUACUGUUAACAAGGAAAUCCAGUAGAGUGAAGGCAAGAUCGAAAAUUGGGAACCAAAGAUGGCCCCAACCUGUUUUCAGUUAAAUUAUGAUGAUCUGCAGUUGGGCUAGCUAGCAACACUAUUCCAUGGUUGUGAUAUUGUGUGACAAGGUGUGUUAUUGUAUCUCUGUAUCUAUCCGAGUAACUUGAUAUUGUGUUA